AUGGAGAAUAAUUAUAUUUUCUUCAUCUUCUCUACUCUGCUAGUAAUAAUUGUAAUACUAAGCAGCACCAUUAACAGUAUAACUUCCUUAGCCGCCACCACAACUGACAAAAACGCACUUGUCCAAUUCAAAACUUCCACUUGUGACCCUUACCAUCUGUUGGCCACAAACUGGUCGAUCGAUACCUCUUCUUCUUCCGUUUGUCAAUGGAUUGGUGUUUCGUGCGGCACCAAACACAAUAACAGAGUCACGGGACUUAACAUUUCUCGUUUUGGCCUCGGAGGAGCUCUGUCCCCACAUCUUGGGAACUUGACGUUUUUAAGACACUUAGAUAUCAGUAAUAAUAAUUUCACAGGGCCCAUACCUCGUGAGUUGUCUCGUCUACGCCGCCUGAGGUCUAUAGAUAUGGGAUUCAACUCGUUCGCCGGACAAAUACCAACCUGGUUUGGAGCGUUUCCUCAACUCGAGAUAAUGCGUCUGAACAACAACACGUUCACAGGGUCAAUACCUCAGGAGUUGUCCCUCUUGCAAGGCCUGAGGAUUAUAGAUAUGGAAGCCAAUUCAUUGACCGGACAAAUUCCGGUGUGGGUUCGAGCUUUACCGCAGCUUGAGCAGCUGAACCUUAGAAACAACAAGCUCAGGGGAAGAAUUCCGGAGGAGAUGGGCAAUUGUUCUUCCCUGCAAAUACUAUAUCUGUCGUACAACCAGUUGACUGGCUCCAUUCCAUACGUUAUCUUCAAUUUGUCAUCCAUUAGAGAGAUUCGGGCUUCGUACAAUUACCUCUCGGGUACGCUUCCAAGUGAUAUGUGCAACAAUCUACCGAGCCUGACUUUUCUUGCGGUGUCGAGCAAUCAAUUGGAGGGCAGCAUUCCACCAAAUAUAGGCAACUGCACAAAUCUUGAGAGCCUUUCGUUAUCCAUCAACCGCUUCAGUGGGGAAAUCCCAAGCGAAAUUGCAAGUUUGAGCAUGCUUAUGGUGUUGUAUCUGGGGGAUAACGAGUUUACAGGAUCAAUACCAAAGCAACUUGGAAAUUGUACUUCCUUGAAGGAAAUAGACCUUCCUCAGAACAAUUUGACAGGUAAUUUACCUGAAGAGCUGAAUAAGUUGGCAUUCCUUGAGAUAUUCGCCGUGGACAGCAAUCAGUUGUCUGGAUCAAUUCCACCGUGGAUCUUCAACAUAUCAACUUUGAAGAUUUUAGGUCUUUCAGCUAAUCGUUUCUCUGGAAUUCUUCCCCUCUCGCCCAAGCUCUCUCAUCCAAAUCUCGAAAAAUUGUUAUUGUGGGGCAAUGAACUCAAUGGGGAGAUUCCAAUUUCGAUCACCAAUGCUUCUAAUUUAAAUAUAUUGGAAUUGUCGAAUAACUCAUUCAGUGGCACCAUACCUUACUUGGGCAGCUUGAGGCUCUUAUGGUUACUUCGCAUUUGGGAUAAUUCUCUGAGUGGAUUAGGAUUUAUCUCUUCAUUAGCUAAUUGCCAGUUUUAG